CUUCCGGAGGAAAGAAAAGUGAAAGUAUUCGGAGCCCGAUCGCGCAGGAAGCUGGAGGCCGUGCCUGCCGCCUCCCUCCAUCACCGUCCGGACACUUGUGUGCUGGCCAACUCUUGUUCAUCGAGUCCGAUCACCAUGAUGUUACCAAUCAUCUGUUACUGAUCAGCAUGAUGUUCUAUGGGAUGUCCCCGUGAUCCAGAGCUCUUCGGAUUAUAUUAUGACACAGAGCAGCCCUGUGAGACGCAUCUCGAAGUGGAGCAGAUGUAGGAUUCCAGGAGCAGCGUCAGUCUCUGGUCCUGUGAGACCCACUGAAGCCCAAGGUUCCCUGAGGGCUGAAAGGCUCCCACUGAAUUGCCAGCGUCAGGGCUGUGCCAGCUGGAAUCCCAGAGCAGCUCAGUGAUGGACAACAGAUGAAUAUAAUGGAAGGAGAUUCAUCUCAUAACCCAGAUGACCCCAUAAGAACUGAGGAAAUGGAAUAUAAAUGUGCCCAAGGAUCUGAACAAACAGAGUCCUGUGAACACUCACCUCUCCUAAUGAAUAAUGUUAGUGUGCUACAGGAGAGACUCAACUUACUGUCAUAUGAAGGACAAGUGUCCUGUGAACUUGUGGCUCUACAAAAGGAUGAAGGAGAAGAAUCAGAAGAAAUGCCCAGAUUACUACCUUAUGAUGAAGAAGAGUAUGGCUAUGCCUGCUGGGACAUCAGUGAUGAAGAAGAGCCUCAGGAAGUCUUGAGCUCCUCACCAGCAUGUGGGCCAGGGUCCUGUGAUCCUGAAGCUCCUCAAAUGACCAGUGAAGAGGCACCAGAGGAAGUGCCCAGCCAACAACUAUAUGAUGGGGAAGCAUCUGGUGAACUCGAAGCUCUCCAAAUAUAUAGUGAGGAAGAAUCAGAAGAGCUUACUUCCAGCCUACUACCCUAUGAUGGACAAGGAGCAGAGCUACCAGUACAUGGAAAUGAGAAGUGUUCUUGUGUUAUGUGCUUCUCAAAAGAUGUGCCAGAAGGUCCAGAAGCAAGUACUGCAGAUAGCAAAGCAUGUGCCAUGAUAGAUACUGUGGAUCUUAGAAACAAUUCUACUUUGGGAAAACUCAAGAGGAAAAGAAGAAAAAAGAAAGGCCAUUGCUGGACAAGACAUAAAAGGAAACUGCAGAGAAACAUACCCCAAAAAGAUACCAGCGACACUACUGACCAGUUGGUCUCCAGGAGGAAAAAGGGGGAAAAGCAUCUGCAAGAACCUGCCAAGAUCAGGGGGAAAAGGAGAAGCAGACGUCCUGUUUACUCAACUCAUAGUGACAGAGCCCCACGGAAAAGAGUCUUGUCAAAAGGGUCAAGAAAUCACACAGAUUGUAACGUGGAUUUUCACUCUCAAAUACUUCCUGUGACCUGUGGUGAGGUGAAGGGGAUGUUAUAUAAGAAGAAACUGAAACAAGGAUCCUUGGUGAGGUGUAUACAGAGUGAGGAUGGAAAAUGGUUUACCCCCAAGGAAUUUGAAAUCAGAGGAGGCUACGCGAGAUCCAAGAACUGGAAGCUGAGUGUGCGCUGUGGUAGGAGGCCCCUACGGUGGCUGAUGGAGAAAGGAUUUCUACAUAAUCUUCUAAGAAAAUCUUUCAGCAAAAGAAAGACAAUGCCAAAGUCUCACAACAAAACUUUAGUUAACCCUUUUCAGGGAAACUCUGACGUGUGUGAGAUGUGCCGGGAUGGAGGAGAGCUGUUCUGCUGUGACACCUGUUCAAGAUCUUUUCAUGAGGACUGUCACAUCCCACCUGUGGAAACCGAAAGGAACCCGUGGAGUUGCACCUUCUGCAGGAUGGAAUCUUUGGGGAGGCAGCAGUGUCACGGGGAAUCGGAGGUCCUGGAGCGGCAGAUGCAGCCUGAGGAGCAGCUGAAAUGUGAGUUCCUUCUCUUGAAGGUCUAUUGCCAUUCAGAGAGCUCCUUUUUUUCGAAGAUUCCAUACUAUUAUUAUAUUAAAGAGGUUUCUCAAAACCUAAAGGAACCCAUGUGGUUGGACAAAAUCAAGAAGAAGCUAAAUAAACAGGGUUACCCCAGAGUAGAGGGGUUUGUGCAGGACAUGCGCCUCAUCUUUCAGAACCACAAGGCAUCUUACAAGAACAAUGACUUUGGCCUAAUGGGACUUAGACUGGAGGCAGAAUUUGAGAAGAAAUUCAAGGAAGUGUUUGCUAUUGAGAAAGCAAACGAGAGCAGUUCACUGGUAUAGUGAGGGCUGCUGGCACCUUGGAAAAUCUCCUUUUUGGGCAGAACUCCAUGUCCCAGAUACCAUGAGGGUUGGCUGCUGAUGGCACCCUUCCCCAAAGUAUCACCUCUGCUAACACCAGUUUCACCUGGAGAUUACACGUCUUGGGCAUGGGGGCCAGUCCAACCCCAAGUUCGACUCAACCUGUAGUGAUUCAUGCUCCUUCACACCCCACAAGAUCAGGCUGGAUCUAGCCUCCAACUGGUACCAGUCCAUGCUUGGCUUUCCCCACCAUGCUAUCCCUGACUUCCCUCUCCCCUCUUCUUUUGAAAAACUUCUCAUAAUAAAUCACUUACUCAAGAGACUUUA